CUAAUCAUUGGGUAUGUUCUUCGCGCGCGCGCGCCAGACUAUUUACAACGAGGCGAGCAUCGAUGCGAAGUGAUCAAUCUGAGACCGAGGAUCCAAGAAGAUGUCUGAGACCUGCAGUUGAUGAGCUUCCUAACAAUGUGCAAAGAGUCUGAUAAAUGAACUGCUCUCUCCUUGAUAAAAGCUACAGACAGAUGCCAAUGUCGGAUGAAGUCUACCCCUCCAAAAGUAGAUGCAUGAUGUCCAUGCUGCCCAGUGUCAAAGUACAACGAUGUCUUCCCAAACAAAAGGAACCAAGUAGAUGUCUGAGACCUGCAGUUGAGGAGCUUCCUAACAUUGUACAAUGAGUUUGGUGAAGGAACUGCUCUCUCCUUGAGCUACAGACAGAUGCCGUUGCCAGAUGAAGUCUACCUCUUGAAAAGUAGAUACAUGAUGUCCAUGCUGCCCUGCGUGUCAAAGUACAACAAUGUCUUCCCAAACAAAAGCGAGGGUUGUCAUCUCCACAGAGAUUUACUCAUCAACCAAGUAGCUGUCUGAGACCUGCAGUUGAUGAGCUUCCUAACAGUGUACAAAGAGUCUUGAUUAAUGAACUGCUCUCUCCUUGAUAAAAGCUACAAACAGAUGCCGUUGUCAGAUGAAGUCUACCUCUUCAAUAGUAGAUGCAUGAUGCACAUUCUACCCAGUGUCAAAGUACAGCAAGGUCUUCCCCAUCAACAGCUGGUGCAGUCAUCAGACAGCGAGGGUUGUCAUCUCCACAGAGAUCUACUCAUCAACCAAGUAGAUGUCAGAGACCUGCAGUGGAUGAGCUUCCUAACCAUUUACAUUGAAUCAGAUGGUGUCUACCUGUUACACAGAAGAUUUCCGAGACCUGCAACUGCGUAUAGUCAGCCCACUGUCUAUAUAUCACCAGUUAAGAUGUGUGAGGGUUACGCAAGAGGAAGGUAAAAUCCCUGUGGUUGUUUUACACUAACAUCAAAGGGUGGUCUGUUUUUGCAGCACUCAUACCAACAGAAUAUCUCGUCACAUACCGCAACAUUUUUGGGGAUGAAAUGCUGGCGCCAGCCUAACCCGAAAUGAGAGGUCUGUCCCUACAGAUUGAUAACAGAUUUAAAAGAUAGGAAACAUGUUUUUGAUUAACAAAACCCCUUUAUCUGUACAAAAAUACAAUUUUAAAUAGUUAAAAAGGUUUUUAGUACAUACCAUUGAUAUUUCUUCUCAAGUUUAAACCAUAAAACUAGGAAUGAAAUUAUUUUGCAUCGUAUGAUAAGUAAAAGUUCUGGAAUGUGCUGAACACCAUGCC